ACGUGUGCGUCACGCAUACGUGCUGCUCAGGGCGUAUGCGUCAGGCAGCGAGUAGAGGACGAGCCGCUCCGCCGGACAUUCAGCUUCCUCAUCGCCGCUGCGAGUUCCCGAGGAGGAGAAGCCUCAGCCACACUCCAUCUGACAUUAUCUCUGUACAUUCGACGGCUCAGUGAAUCCCGUCCGCCAUGAAGCUCCUGUGGGCUGUCAGUGCCCUUCUGCUCAGCUGCUGCCGAGCCAAUGCGUCCACAGCCCCAAACAUCAUUACUGAACCUUCUGAGGUCAGCAAUCAGACCAGCGCAACACUCAGCUGCAACUUGACAGAGUCUAGCCUUCCCAUCAAGGGAUCCUUCUGGACACACAACGGCAAAGUCGUGGAUAAUUCCAAGUCCGUCGCUUCCACUCCAUUCACCAGCCUAAAUUUGGAAAAGAUCACCCACCAUUCAGCUGGGAUAUAUGAAUGUGUGUUCAUGACUGACCCUGAGGUGAAGCAGACAAUUGAAGUCAAAACACUCCCUCAUGUUACUACCCACAAACACUCUGAGCAUGGCAAUGAGAACAGCGAAGCUGUGAUGGUGUGUGAAAGUCAUGGCUAUCCACUGCCCACUGACUGGACAUGGUUCAAAGAGGUCGAUGACAUGCAAACACCAAUCAUCAACGGCACUAGCGACAAAUACGAGAUCAAGAGCACCCCCAACAAGACCACCCUGACCAUUAAUGACCUGAGCAUCAACAGCGACAUCGGAGACUACGUCUGCUCUGGAACCAACGAACUCGGCACAGCCAGCGAUAAGAUCCACUUGCGUGUUCGCAGUCGCCUGGCCGCUCUCUGGCCCUUCCUUGGCAUUGUGGCUGAGGUCAUCAUCUUGGUGGCCAUCAUCUUUAUUUAUGAAAAGAGGAGAAAGCCAGAUGAGGUCAACGAUGAUGACGACUCAGGAUCUGCUCCUCUGAAGAGCAACUCAAAUGCCAACCACAAAGACAAGAAUGUGAGGCAAAGGAAUUCUAACUAGAAGCUGAACACGAUGGACGAGCGGAUGGCAGUCCAUGACUCAGCAGUUGUUUGGCACAUUUUGUGCACCCUGCAAUUAUAAGUACCUUUUUGUGCUUGGGUGUUUAUGUUUAAAGAAACUGAAGGAUUUCCUCUCGUUUAAUUUUCUUCUAUAUUCUUCUCCACAUUGUGCAAACAGAGAACAUAGUGUGAAAUAAAAUUUUCGGCUUGAGGCCCCGGGGCAAAUAUUGCAUGAGUUUAAACGCUGUUCUAGCCAAGUGUGUGUAUUCGUUGUGAAAUCAUUAGAAGGUUCAUGUGAGGAAUGCUUAGUUUGUGGUUCUUUUCUGUUCAUGCUGAUGCUUCCUACACUGACCACACAGUUGUCAGUCUUUGCUUUUUAUAUUCUCCGAUCUGCAAUGGUGACUUGUAAAGCAGCACAAGUUUUGUUUAGAGGAUCUGAAACAUGGUUUUGGAUCCUGAUACAUCACUGCCAUUCUUAUAGCAACGACUGGAGUGUGUUUGAAUUCACAUGUUUGAUCUGUACCUACACCACCACAAACCUCCCUCUGCAGAGUUUUAUACUUUGCCUUAACAAGCGCUGUUUCUCCUCGGUCCUUUUUGCAUUGUUCACUUAUUACAAUUUAAAAUAUGACGCUCAAAUUAAAAUGCAGAAAUUAUGAAGAUGUAAUGUUUUCGAGGUUUUGUUUGCCAUAAGAAAUUAGUUUCAAUGAAAGC